AUGAGAAAACAACCAAGUCUCCCAAUCCCAACCCAACUCCGUUUUCUAAGAGAUAAGUCAUAAGUGGAUAAGACCCCAAAAUGGCCGCCUCAACGCCCAUCCUCUCAUCCCCGGCGACUACCUCCGCCGCUCCCACUGCCACUGCAACUAACCAAUCCUUCCCUCACUCCUCCUCCAGCAGGUCUCUUUCGUUCCCUAACUUCCCCUCUAAAUCUUCUUACAACUUCAACAAACCACUCACCAAGCUCCACGUGUCCUCUCCAACGAACAAGCCCUCCGUCACCGCCGCUGGUGCCACCUCCAAAAAACCCACCGAAGAAACCAUCUUCUUCGACGGUGGGGCCCACUACGGUGACCUGGUGUCGAACCUUCUUCUGGGCUUCACUCUUGUUUGGCUGCCUCUAACAUUAGCGGCGGUUUCAAGGGCCUUCUUUCUGAGAUACAGGUUCACUAACCUGAGGGUGACUGUCAUAUCGGGACUGACGGGUCAGGAUAGGAGCGAUUUUUCGUACAAGGUGAUAAAGGACGUGCAGGUGGUGCCUCGAUUCAUCGGUGAAUGGGGUGAUAUUAUCAUUACUCUCAAAGACGGUACGAAGGUCGAUCUUAGGAGUGUUCCUAAGUUUAGAGAAAUUGCUAAGUAUUGCCUCUCUUUGGCUGAAAACCCUGAGCUUCUCAGCGAAACCGGACCUAAAGGAUUUUAAACCAUUUAUGACCUUCCUACUUCUGUCUCAAGAGGUAGGGGAUGACUUGUAUCUUGAGCGAAGCUUGGAAGAAAGAUUAGAGGUGGAUUUGGGCUUCAGGUGAGGUCAUGAGGGAUAGAUCUGGGCACACUGAUCCAGAUUCAGGCAAGGCUGCGAAGGGCAAAUUCAGGGGAGGUCGCUAUGGGUGGAGUUUGGCAUGCGAUCUUCAUUCCUCAUCUCUUCUUUUUUCCUUGUGUGUGUGUGUUUUUUUUUAUUUUAAUAUGAGUUGAUUUAGUUUUAUUUCAGUUUCUAUUAAAUCUCUAAUUUUUGGAAUUUCGGGUGGUUUCGCCUAUUGAUUUGAGUUAUUACAUUUGGAAUUUGGGUUGGAUUUACUUCAUGAUUUAGGUUAUGGAUUUGUAAUUGUGAAAUGUUAAGUUGAUAAAUAUCUACUUUAUCUAUUUUUAAUUCA